AUGGAGCGUCCUGACCUACACCGGGUCAAGUCAGAGCCCGCAUGCAUACCACACUCACAGUCCGCUCCCAUCGCCAGUGAUGGAGAGACCGUCCUUGUUGCGCAGGAGGAGCCUCCGGUCAUAACUCCAGAGGGCGGACGGAGCCCCCUAGCACUAAGUCCUCUCUCUCGCAUCUCUUCGGAGGGCAGCAGCUCCUACCAGGAGGACUGGGAGCCGCUGACACCGGUAGAGAGAGUGACCGUGCUCGACCUGCUCGGAAACCUGGCCAUAUCACAGAAGCUGGAGAGAUGGCAGGCCUCGCUCAACGCGCAGAAGGAGAGGGUCAAGCGUCACCAGGAGAAGUUCAGGUCGACCAGCCAGCAGGCACGCCAGAGAGUCGUCGGUGAAUUCAAGAAGCGGAUGCCUUCAUCGGAAGAACAGCUGCAGAAAUACCGGAAGCGGAUGAAGAGCUCGGUCGAACGACUUGCCGUCCGCUGGAACGAUACCGUCACAGUCACCGCCAUAGAGAAGAUUUCCUUUAUUGCAGGUGUCCUCAACGUCUUCAUCAGCGGCUACCUGCUCGGAGCAUUCCCUACCUACUUCUACCUCUGGUUCACCGGCCAGCUUAUCUACUUUAUGCCCCAGCGAUAUUACAGAUACUGCAAGAUCGGCUACCAUUACUUCCUUGCCGACCUCUGCUACUUUGUCAACCUGCUCACCAUACUCAGCAUGUGGGUUUUUCCCAACUCCAAACGACUCUUUUUGAGUACGUGGUGUUUGGCAUACGGAAACAACGCCGUGGCUAUUGCCAUGUGGAGGAACUCGAUGGUCUUCCACAGCAUUGACAAAGUUGUCAGCUUGUUCAUCCAUAUUAUGCCUCCCGUAACCUUGCACUGUCUAGUACAUCUCACGCCACCAGAGAUACUAGAAACCAGGUUCCCGGCUGUGUAUCAGAUCAAGUUUAGCGCCCCAGGCUCGCCGGAACAUUACACACUGGGAGCCAUGAUGAUCUGGGCGUCGGUUCCCUACGCCAUCUGGCAGCUCAGCUACCACUUCUUCAUCACCGUGCGCCAGAGAGAUAAGAUUGCUGCCGGCCGUCCAACCAGCUUCACCUGGCUGCGGCGAUCUUAUGCCAAAACAUGGAUCGGCAAAUUCGUGCUUCAUCUCUCCCUGCCCUUACAAGAACCCGCCUUCAUGAUGAUCCAGUAUAUCUACGCCAUACUCACGAUCGUUCCCUGUCCGCUCUGGUUCUGGUAUCAAUGGGCAAGCAGUGCCUUCUUGAGCGUCGUGUUCAUCUGGAGUAUCUACAACGGAGCCACAUUCUACAUCGACGUGUUCGGGAAGCGGUUCCAGAAGGAACUCGAGCAGCUGAAGAGAGACGUCGCCAAGUGGCAAAUGUCUCCCGAAGCCCUGACGGCCGUGGCUGACCCCCAGGAUGCAGACGCCAUCAAGCCCGCCUCUCUCACCGGCGUGGUCAUGACAAACCCCAAGCAGCCCUAUGUCGAACCAAGCCAGCUCAUCACCAACCUCGACCUCAAUGCGAAUGCCAAAGCUGCGUCCACCGGCGCCUUGGUCGACGAACCCGCCACCUCUCUUAAUACUACAAAUAGACGACCCCAGGAUGCCUCUCUCUAG